CUUUUCUCUCCGAAUCUUACUGUGCUAGACAAAGUCCCAAAGCAUUCAUUCUUUUCUCGUUCCCUGAUCACUUGCGGUUUUAUUUCUCAGCGCUCAAGUCCUCGGUGACCUCUCACUCUUAAUCGGUAAAAGCGAAACUCGACACUCAGCUUAUCAAUAUGGCGGAAGCUCUAGGCCUAGCUGCCAGUGUCAUUGCCGUGGUCGACGUAACCGCUAAAGUCGGGAGUGCCACGUUCAAGCUCAUGAAACUGUGGAACGAGGUAAAGGAGGUACCAACAAUGCUCUUGCAGAAAGCAGAACGUAUCAGAGACCUGGAAGACUUCCUUCUCGAUGCCGAAGGCCACAUUCGAGAUAGCCCGCUGCCGCAAGCCUUCUGGAAUACGAACCACCGCUUGCAGCAACAUAUUGAAAAGGUCCGCCGCGCACUUGAUGAGGUUCAACAACUAGUGGACGAUCUACAAGCUAAGUCGACUGCCCGAAAAGACGGCUUCAGAAGCAAGCUGUUGUCAACCAAGGUUGUGUUCCGGAAAGAGGAGUUGAAAACUUUGGACGGGAAGCUUGAUGCAGCUCUUGCUCUUUUUUCCAUCGCACAGAUGCAGUGGAUUAUGGCAAUGUCGGCAUUUAGGACCUCAAUGAGCAUCCAGCCGCGAUCUGAAAGAACAGCUACUUCAAACACACCGACGGUGGAAAAGAAGACAAAGACAGUGCUGGCAUCCACCACACCCGCUCUCUUCUACAUUUCUACCCCGGCUUCGAUCUUGCCUACCUUUCGAUUUGGGUUUGGAGACAACGAAAGCUUCCAAUUCUCUAUCCAGGCGCCAAGCUGGCUCGCUGGGUCUGUCUACUCACUCAUGGCCCAGAAAAGCUAUCAGGGUUGGCAGCUCAACCUCAGAGCUUACGAAGUGGUAAAAUACUUCAGCGACGAAUUAUAUGACUGCAUCGAAAAUGACAACCCCUCUGGAACUCUCCGAGUGCUCUCCAAAUACAACAUGACUCCCUUCGCAAAAGAUCAAUUUGGAAGAAGCCUGCUACAGGUGAGAGUAUUCGCUCUCACGGUGAUAUCGAGAUUUGGUGACUGAUGAGGCCGAGUCAACCGCAGAUCGCAGUCCAGAAGAAAUC